AUGCGACUCUACUAUCCUCAAACAAUUUUUCUCUUAUUAUUUACAAUUCAUCCUAUUCAUACAUUUCCACCAUCAUUAACAUUGGGUUUUCUCGGUCCAAUGAAUUUACCGAAUAGCAAUUCACAAACCGGUGGUCGUCCUGCAUUAUUCGCAUUUAAACUAGCUAUUCACGAUAUUAACAAUCGUUCAGAUAUUUUACCUCAUACAAAAUUAAACUUUGUUAAUAAUAAUACAAAUUCUGAUAUAGGCACAGGUAUAAUAGAUACUUUUUGGCAAUGUGUAUAUGGUAAUGUCGUUGGUAUUGUUGGUGAAUACACUUCGGUAAUGUCGCAGUCUGUUCAAUAUGUUAGUCGUUACUAUAAAGUUCCACAAAUAUCUUAUGGAUCAACAUCAUCCGAAUUCACAAAAUUUCAUUCAACUCUUUAUCCAUAUUUUCUACGCACAACACCAAAUCAAAAUUUGGAAUCUGUACUACUGACACAUUUGAUUGCAAGUCAAGGAUGGAAAAAUGUAGCAUUGAUUUAUACAACUGAUAGUCAGACGUUUUAUAGUGUUCAAGUAUUUCUUGCAUCAACUAGGAAACUAAACAUAACAGUUUUGGUAUCGGUAUCAUUUGCCGCAGGCACUAUUGAUUUAACAGAACAAAUGAAAAUAAUAAAACAGUCAAAAGCACGCAUCAUUCUAUUCAUAGGAACGAUAAUUGAUCAACAAGCAGUGAUAAAUAAUAGUUUGAUCGAGGAACUCACUGGUGUCGGAUAUCAAUGGAUCGGCAUACAUGCGAGUAUGUACAAGACACUAUAUUUAAAUUCAACUGGUGAAAAGAUUCAGGACUAUUAUGAAUGGACCCAAGGAUUUAUCGGUUUACAAAACUUUGCCGAUGUUAAUUCAGAUAUUUAUAAAGAAUAUGCACAUCGAUGGGCUACAGCACCCUAUGAUCCAGAAAUACCGACAAUUGAUUCUAAUUCAAUUUCUGUUAUAGCUAAUUAUGCUUAUGAUGCAUGUUUUAUGUUUGCACAUGCUCUGCACCACAUGAUUGAAGUGUUGCAUCUAAACCCAAUGGAAACAGAGAAUCGUGAACUCUACUUAGCAGUCUUGAAAAAUGUCAGUUUUCUCGGUGUUAGCGGACGCAUAAAUGUUGAUGAGAACGGUGAUCGUCAGGCACCGUUUGAGAUUGUCAAUUUUCAACAUGGUCAAAUUGUUCACAUUGGUACAAUUACUGCUGAUGGAGUAGUUAACUAUUUCUCGAAUGUCAAAGUAUUGUAUACUGGUGGUGUUGAAGAAAAACCGCUCGAUUUGCCUAUUCGUCCUAUAGUCAAAAUUUCUUUUUCAGCUCUUAUUGGAAUGAUUGGAGGGAGUGUCAUUUGUACAUUGUUAUGUUUUGCUCUAAUAGUAUUCACAUUCUAUUUUAAUAAGCAUCCUGUAGUAAAAGCAUCGAGUCCAACAUUUUUAAUUUUGAUGUUAAUAGGUGUUAUAUGUUUGGCAACAUCUAUUAUUCCACGUACUCUGGAAAAUUAUCGUCAGUCAUCUACAUUAGAAUGUAUCAGUGAGCUUUGGUUUGCAAAUAUUGGAUAUUCGUUAAUAAUUGGAACACUGCUGUUGAAAACGUAUCGUUUAUCGAAAAUAUUUCAAAUGUCUGAACGUAUUGUGAAGUAUUAUCUUACUGAUAAAUAUUUAUUAUUUAUAUUAUUCGGUUUAAUUCUGCUAUCAUCAGCGAUGUUAACUGGUCUUUGCUUUGGAGAUCCUUUUUAUCUAAAACUAUCACCUUUGGAUUCAAUGAGUGAUUAUCAGUAUUGUACAACGAAAUAUCAGUUGACCAUUUAUGUACCACUUAUACUAUCAACGCGUUUUGCUCUACUAAUAUUAACAACAGUUUGUGCGUUUAAAAUUCGAAAAAUUUCUGAUUUAUUUAACGAAACAAGACAGUUAGUAUUUUCUGUUUAUAAUUUACUAUUUUUAUCUGUUACAUUACCAGUAAUUGAUCUCACUAUGGGUCGUGGCAAAAAUUCAACAACAAUUAUUUAUGUAAGAGAUUUAACAGAAAAUGAUCCACCGCCGCCUAUUAUUGAACCUAUACCGCUACGUUCUUUUGCUGUAACUUUUGCUCACCCUCUGCUUCAAGUAUCUCGGCAUAAUGAACCGAUUCAAUGUUCGUAUUUUAAGCCCAUUAUUCGACAUGAAAUCGCUCUUCGAACAGCAGGAAGCGAAAAACAACAACGUCAAGAACCAUUUUUAAUUCAACACCCUCAGGUUCAUCAUUUAGCUGCGAAUACACAACUAAAACAACCGAAUCUUAAUGAAGUUUGGAAUAGAUUAAUGUCACCACCGAAGGAGAAGCGUAUUGUACUGCUAGAAAAGAACAUUUAUCCUCAUUCACCUCUUCUUGUGACCAUUCACCCAUUCGAUAAUUUGGAGGAUGAUUUCGAAGAAGAAAUAACUCAAUAUACCUGA